UCUUAUGAUUGGUUUUGUGGGCCAUGGUUACAAUUGUGAAAAUCUAUAAUGAUAUAAUAUACUGUAUUUUCACAGACUUCCAUCAUUAAAAUGAUGAAUAUUUCCUGCAAAAAUGUCUACACUGUGCUGAACAGCACAGAGAAGGUGGCCAUUGGCACCAUCUGUCUGGUGAUCGCACCUCUCAGUCUCCUGGUCAAUGUGCUCGUUCUGGUUGUCAUAGUAUGCUCUAGGAACCUGCGGCGACAUCCGUCGUACCUGUUUAUGGGCAGCUUGGCAUUGGCUGACACAAUUGCUUGUUGCUGUUACACCAUCAGCUUCCUGGAUUUCCACCUUUUUAAACCGGAAGACUCCUUUCACAAAACAGCUUAUCUGUUUAAGCUGGGUGGCGUGACCAUGGCGUUUACAGGAUCUGUUGGAAGCCUGCUAGUGAUGGCAGCUGACCGCUAUCAUGCCAUUUACAAGGUUUCCACCUACAAGGUGCUGCUGACAUGUAAAAGAGCCUUGGUGUGUAUUGGGACAUUAUGGGUCGUGGCUGCCCUCAUUUCCUUCCUUCCUCUGAUGGGCUGGAGUUGUCAGACUUGUCAAUCAUGCUCCAAACUCUUUCCUUAUGUGGAUCGUUACUAUCUAGCAUUCUUUGCUAGUCUUGUGUUGGUGGUGAUCAUCCUCAUACUGCUAGCUUAUGCUCUGAUUGUGUGGUUGGCCCACAAACAUGAAGCCAACAUGUCCGCUGAACAUCCAGAGGGAGCACGCAUGCGUUUGGACAUCCAUUUGGCAAAGACUUUUGGAUGCGUUAUGUUGAUUCUGUUAGUGUGUUGGCUGCCUGUCCUUUCCUUCAUGAUGACAGAUGUAGUUCUGACAGAGCUUUCAAAACCACAAAAAAGGGCAUUUGCUUUCUGCAGUACUCUAUGUCUGCUGAACUCGGGAAUCAACCCAUUGCUGUACACCCUGCGCUGUCGUGAGCUACGUGUAGCGCUUAUAUCAUUGUUAGAGGGUUUGAGGAGAUGCAAGGGUUGUAGUUCACCAGCUAGUAACUAAGGCCAUGUCCACACAAACGUGGGUAUUUUCAAAACGCAGCUUUUUCAAUGCCGUUUGCCUGUUUGUCCACAUGCAGAUGCAUCACAUUUUUUUAAAACUGCCAGGGUGGAUGGAGAUUUUAUUUAUUUUUAAACGGAAGGAAAAACUCUGUUUAUAAAAUAACCCGUGUUGGAUUGGACAUGGCCUAAUACUAAUCUGUUUAAUUUAACAACAUCUGGCUAACGAACAUAAGUGUUAGCUCCUCCUAGUGUUGCUUUCUGAACAACAACAGAGUUGUCAACACAUUCUCUGUUUUCAGUUAUCAUUUCUUACUUACA